AAAGGUCGCGCCGUUCUCUUUCGUCUCCCCGGGAGUGAGACCCGAGCUGCGAGCGCGUCCAGACUUAGGGUGUCAGUAGUGCGGGAGCCCCAGCUCUGGGAACUUACAGAUGUCUCAGCAUGGUUGAGAUGGAGCAGGCAGAGGCCCAGCUGUCUGAGCUGGACCUCCUGACCAGUAUGUUCCCCGGUGAGAACGAGCUCAUAGUGAAUGACCAGCUGGCAUUAGCAGAGCUGAAAGAUUGUAUUGAGAAGAGGACAAUGGAGGGACGGUCAUCGCAAGUAUACUUUACAAUCAAUGUGGGCCUGGACAUCUCUGAGGAAGCAAUGGUGACAUUUUCUUUGUCUUGCAUUCUUCCCUUUAAAUACCCUACAGUCCUGCCUGAAAUUACAGUGAGAUCAGUAUCACUGAGCAGAUCCCAGCAGACUCAGCUGAAUGCAGAUCUGACAGCAUACCUGCAGAAGAGCUGCCUGGGGGAUGUCUGUAUACUGAAUGCCACAGAGUGGGUUAGAGAGCACGCCUCUGACUAUGUCAGCAUAGAUGCUUCGCCCUCCCCCGCCAGGCAAAGCAGCGUCCAGACAGUGGAUCUCACCUUCACGAGGCUGUGGAUCUACAGCCAUCACAUCUACAACAAAUGCAAAAGACGAAACAUCCUCGAGUGGGCGAAGGAGUUGUCCCUGUCUGGGUUUAGCCUGCCUGGGAAGCCUGGCGUGGUUUGUGUGGAAGGCCCACAAAGUGCUUGUGAAGAAUUCUGGUCGAGACUCAGAAAACUAAACUGGAAGAGGAUUUUAAUUCGUCAUCGAGAAGACAUUCCUUUUGACGGUACAGCCGACGGACUGGAAGGACAGCGGAAAUUUUCCGUUUUUGAAGAAAAGGCCUUCAGUGUCCACGGAGCCAGAGGGAACCACAUGGACUUCGGGCAGCUCUAUCAGUUCUUAAAUGCCAGGGGAUGUGGGCAUGUUUUCCAGAUGUUCUUUGGGGUAGAAGGACAGUGACUGAGCAGAGGGGCAGCCAGCUUGCUGUUCCCUCUGUUAAUCGCUUCUUCCUAUUCUUCCCUGAAAUUCAAUUUCAGCUCCAUUCUAGAAUGUUCUAGGGCUGGGGUCAUAAGAAGAAAAUUAAUAUAGCUGAAAUGUGUCCGUUAAAACAUGUCCUGCCUGAAAGAAGAACGGAGUUUCAACUUGUAAACUUCAAAUUACUAACCGAGAAGGGUGGAGAAAUGGCUCAGAGGCUAAGAGGAUGUACUGCCGUCGCCAGGGACUUAAGUUCAGUUCCCAGCACCUGUGGCAGGGAGCUCAUAACCACCUUUACGUCUUUACUCCAGGGUAUUUGAUGUACUACGUUCUCCAAGGGUGCAUACAUGACCAUACACACGUAAAUCUAUUCAGGGUAUCAGAUCCCCUGGAACUGGAGUUACAGGAGUUGUAAGGGGCCUGGGGGGGGGGGUGGUGCUGGGAACCAUUCUUUGGUCCUCUGCAAGAGCAAUGCACCCUUUUAACCACUGAGCCUUGUCUCCAGCUUGGUAGAAAUUUCUUGACCUAAGCUGGAUAUGCUGGCACAUGCUUAUAAUCCCGGUAUUUGGGAAGUAGAGGCGGGAGGAUUGGAAGUUCAAGGCCAGCUGGGCUACAUCUGGCUCUGUCUCAAAAUAAAUAAAUAAAUAAAAAUAAAGCUAUUCAUGCAGAAACGUUUGAAAGACAAAUUAUAUGUGAAGGUAAUUUUGGUGGCUCAACGUGCUAGGCAUUCCCAACACUUUGGCCUUUACUGAGGAACCUGUGAGGAGCCCGGGAAAGCUUCCCGUUCUCCUUCCUGGCCUCGGUUGUAGCUGCAUGUGGCUGUAGAUUACAGCUGCAGGAUUUCCGGGGAUCAUAUCUCAGAGAUGCCGUUGUACAAGACACCUCGUCACGUGCGGACCCGAUGUUAAUCCUUGCCUAUCUCCAGACCUUUGAAAUAAAAUGAUUUAAAACUCUC